AUGAAGCCCAUCAUGCCCUUCCUCAUCUCUCUCCUCUGUCUUGUCUCGGUUUUCUUCGUCCCCGUCGUCUCCGGCCACAACAUCGUAAAGUUCAUAAACCACUGUCCCUACCCCCUCUUCUUCUGGCAAGUCGGCCCCCGAGACUCCGGUAUCGACGGCAGCAAUGCCUACCGACAAAUGGUUCCCGGCGGUGGUGGCUCGGUAAUCCACGAGAUGCGGAAUACAGAGGCGCUAGGUGGGGGAUUGAGCCUCAAGAUACGGGACCUGGAUCACUAUGCGGUGGCACCGGCGGGUAUUAUCCAAGUUGAGUACCAUUUGGAGCCGAGCAAGGGAUUCAUGUGGUAUGAUCUUAGUGCUGUGGAUUGUGACCUGACUGCUGGGCCUGAGAAUGCGAUGUAUUGCCCGCUUAUUGAAGGUGGCAUCAAGCUCUACGUUCCUGACGCGUACCUAUAUACUCCAGAAGGACCGCAAGGCGAAUGUCCGACAGGGAGUUGUAACAGCACCGGAUGUACCGACGCUUAUGAAAGGGAAGGUGGAUAUCCUGGUGAGCCAAGUUGGGUGUGCAAGGCUGGUGCUGAUCUUUUCCUUGAGACAUGCAUCGAGAAAGCUGGCGAGAGGACCUUCUUCGGAAAGGAUCCAAGUGCUUCCGCACCAGUCCACCAAGCCAUCCCAGAUCCCUUCGCCCAACCUCCUCCGCCGCCUCGAGCUGUUCCCUAUAAAGAGCUCAAGAUCUCGCCCAAUGGUGAAUGCGGACCUAUCGAAGGUUACACUUGCACCGGCUCUCAACACGGCCUCUGCUGCAGUCAGAUCGGCACUACCUGCUACUCCUUGUCUGGUAUGGAAGUAUGGAUGCGUGGCGAGAGUCUAGACAUGGCCCUUGAAGUACUUCGCGGCAACUUCGAGUUGUGGGACGAGGCACAGAAGAAGCGUUUUCAUGGUCUUUACGACGCUACGCACGGUCGAUUCCGUAGCAGGAGGGAUGCACUCGGUACUCAUGGUUAG